AUGAGUCCUUCACAGUUUAAAAAACAUGAAAAUAUAUCUAAAAGUAAUUGGCACAACCUUAUUAUAGAUGAAGAAGAAAUAAGCAAUACUAAACUUUAUUUAUACAGUUUUUACGAGUAUUUAUUUAACGGAAAAAUAGGCGCUCCAGUUCAUGAAAAUUUGCGAAACGGCGCUAAAGUGCUAGAAUUUUGUUCCGAGGGUGCAGUUUGGUCUAAAGAAGUUGCUGCUGAAUAUCCAAAUUCAAAAUUUUAUGCAAUUGAUUCUAUUAUAUUAUCUCUUACCGAUGAAAUUAAGAAUCUUACACUUAUUGGAUGUGAUAUUUUUAAAAAGCUACCAUUCCUCGAUAAUGAAUUUGAUUAUAUUUUUUCGACAGGAGAAAUUUUAUUUACCGAAAAAAAUUUAUUCCGAGAAGUUUUAUCGGAGAUCUUUAGAGUAUUAAAGCCGGGAGGUUGGUUAGAGGUUAUAUAUACAUAUAAUUCCGACGUUGCUUAUGGACCAGCAUAUACACGAUUAAAUAACGCAUGGAAUUCGUGGUUCAAGGCACAAAAUAUUGAUGAUGAUAUAUUGAAAAACUUUGAAAAUUAUCUUGAGGAGACUGAAAAAACCGAAUCGAUAUCGCAUCGAAUAGAGGAAAUACAGGUUGGAAGUGAUCACGCUUCUGGAGAGUUUCUUCUUGAAAUUGUUUUGUUAUUUUAUAGAAAUGUGAGGAAUGAAUUUGCUCAUUUAAUGAACAUUUCACUUGAAGAAUUUGAUGAUCUGGUGAAUCAGUUUGAAAGUGAACUAAAUGGUAAAGAUAGCAAAGUAAUAUUAAGCCAUAAACAAGUACUUGCAAAAAAGAAGUGCACACAUUCUGAUAUUUCAAGUACUGUAUCUAGUACCAAAUAA